UCCUGUCCCUGUCCCCUGGCACGACAAGCCUGCGAGUUUCCUUGAACUUUCUUCUCCUUGUUCCGACAGUGCUGGAGUUCAGUACUUGGGUCGUUCCCCCGCUGCAGCUCCGAGCCUGACCACCUCCCGACCGUACAAACGAGAGUUCACUCGCUACAUUGGGCGACACCCAUUUGCACCCUCUUGCUCUGUUCGUAGCGUCGAUGGCGGUUCAUCUGAGAAAGCUCGCUGCCUUGGGUGCUUCAAGUUCGGUCGCCCACCUUCUUCCCAAGCCGAAGCGCCCGGAAAAAUUGAAUCUUUUGGCUGCGUUCGCUGUGGGUAGCGUUCGGGGCGUGUCCACAUGUUCGGCGGAUGCGAGUGCUUCCAGAUUAGACGGUGGUAACGGGACAAAUUACCAGGAAUUUCUGAGAUGUCCAAACGGAGGUGGAACUUUCCAUGAGUCUGCUUGCAUUGAUCCAACUGCACUCAUUGAAGUGGGUGCUGUUGUACAUCCAAAAGCAGUGCUGGGUGCACAUGUACAUGUGGGAUCAGGAACAGUUAUUGGACCUGCCGUUACGGUUGGCCCGUCAACAAAGAUUGGGUACAAUGUUUCACUGGGUAACUGUACUGUUGGUGGAUCAUGCAUAAUCCACAAUGGAGCCUGCAUUGGUCAAGAUGGAUUUGGAUUUCUUGUGGAUGAGUCUGGAAACAUGUUGAAGAAGCCUCAAAUGCUGAAUGCUAGGAUAGGGGAUAAUGUGGAGAUUGGUGCAAAUACAUGUAUUGAUAGAGGCAGUUGGAGAGACACAGUCAUUGGCGAUUGGUCAAAGAUAGAUAAUUUAGUUCAGAUUGGUCACAAUGCAGUUAUUGGGAAAAGUUGCAUACUCUGUGGCCAAGUUGGAAUUGCUGGUUCAGUAACUUUCGGAGAUUAUGUGACUCUAGGUGGAAGGGCAGCUGUUCGCGAUCACGUCUCUAUUACAUCAAAGGUGCGUCUGGCUGCAAACAGCUGUGUCACCAAGGACAUAAAAGAGCCAGGGGAUUAUGGUGGCUUCCCGGCUGUGCCAAUAGGUAUCUGGAGGAGACAAGUUGUUGCCCGUGGUAGGUCUUGAAGGAGAGGUGUUCCAUGGAGUUUGCUAAUGAUAUAAGAUUCCAGAUGUUUUAACAUCGUGCUUCCGAUGCGGAAAAGAUCAUGCCAAGGUGGGGUCUGCUCUGUCCCCUACUGGCCUAAAAAAAGAAGUUACAGGAGCAUUGUUUAGCACAUUGUCUUGUUAGGAACAUAUUCUUUCUUUGGUGGCGAACGGCGGUCAGGUAUGAAACUUCCUGAUUGUAGGUCCGCACGUCCUGCUGUUUGCUUUAGUGCUGUCUUAAGUUUUUAAUCUCUAGGGGCCAAUGCUUAUUUUUAUCGGUUGGUUGUUGCACAA